AUGAUGAUCCACCAGGCUAUGAAUAAUCAGAACUCCAUCAACACUGCGAAAACAGCCGAGAUAAUGUCUCGGUACAGGCCCAUUGCACCCAAGCCGGAUCUAGUGCCGACCAACCCAGCGUCCGACGGAGGCUCACCGGAGUCCCAAAAGAUCCGGCAGUCUCCUUACCUGAGGAACGUCUGGGCUCAUUUACAGGCCAGGCCCACCCGAACCAGGAAGAGAGGGAGGACUUCCCUCGGCCCAUCACCGGUCAAGCGAUCCAGGACGGCCCAUCUCUUUGGGCGUCCCCCUCCUUGCCAUUUAACAGCCGCUGAAAACCUGUCCAUCCACGAUUUUGCUCAUGGGCCGGAAGCCCAGAGCCCGUCAACCCUUGUCACUCUCCCUCUCCUCCAGUGUCCAAUCAUGGCCCAGGCCCAUGAAACUGAAUCAGGAAAAAACGGUGUAAUUGAUUUGAACAGACUAGCUGAGGUUACUGAGGAAAGGGAUUUCCUCAAACUGCAAUCACCCAUCAGCCCAGUAGUCAUCGCGCCCCAGCCGGUUCGACCAGUGGGGUCGAGCAUCAGUGUCGGGUCCAUAAGUGAAGAGUCGCUGGGUUCGAAUCCGAACCCAACGGCUCAGGUCCCGAAGAAGCGAGAGGAGGUCGAAUCGGAGGUGGAGUCGGAGGAGCUCCCGGCGGUGGUUUCAGACUCGAACAACAAAGUCCGGCUCGCCAAUUCGGCGUACAAGGAGAUGGUGGGGCAGCCGGAGUGUCCGUGGCUCGACUCGAUGGUGGCGUUUAGCUCGGGCAAGAGGAUUUGUGGAGAGGUAAUGCUUCGGUUUCUGGAUACCGAAAGCAUGCCUGUGAAGUCUAAUGGGUUUUCUUGUUGGGUGAAAAUAGAGUGGGGGAGCAGUGGGAAAGAUAGCGGUUCGGUUCAUGCUUUCUGUGAAGUGAUGAGGUUGUCUUGUGAGUCGAAAGAUUACCUUUUUGAGUGGAGGUUUCAUAUAAGAGAGGCUACUUCGGAAUCAGCUGGUUCAAAGGCUACUUGAAGUUUCAUUCGCUGUUUUUGUCUUGGGUAAAACAACAGAGGUAACAGGACCAGCCGGCGUAGCCAGUUUCCUCUCGGCGUGACAAUAGGACCUCCAGACCCGCCUUCGGAAUCGGGGCUUGGGGUUGCUGUUGUAUAUAUAUGGCUGUUAUAUAUAUAUGAAACUAUACUAAAUAUAUGAAUGCAUCUUGUCUUGUUUUAAAGUCCUCAAACUGCUUGUGGUUU